AUUGAAUUAUUGACCAUCAAAUAAAGUUACAUAGUCCUCAUCUCUACCAAGAAACAGCCAAAAACCAUGAUGAAGACGACAUGGAUUUGGGCAGCCUUUGCAGUGCUUGCAGCCAUUUCUAUCUGCAACAGUUUUCUAAAGAGCAGAAGGAAGAGGCUGCCGCCCGGUCCCAGAAGGCUUCCCGUCUUGGGACACCUCCAUUUGGUGGGGAAAACCCCCCAUCAAGAUCUGCAAAAACUCGCCAAAAUCCAUGGUCCCAUCAUGCAUUUGCGGUUCGGGUUCGUCGACAACAUCAUCGUCUCGUCUCCCCAAGCCGCCGAACUGUUUCUCAAGACACAUGAUCUCAAUUUCGCAUCCCGGCCACCUUCAGAGGCAGCAAAGUACAUGUCAUAUGGGCAGAAGGAUAUGGUGUUUGGCGAAUACGGUCCGUUCUGGCGAAACAUGCGAAAGCUGUGCACUUUGGAGCUCCUAAGCAAUGCCAAGAUCAAUUCGUUUCAAUCCAUGAGAAGAGAGGAGUUGUGUCUUCUCAUAGAAUCGUUGAAGCAAGCGGCUCGGACAGGAGAGGCUGUUGAUUUGAGUUCCAAGGUUUCUUCCAUGAGUGCAGACAUGAGCUGUCGGAUGGUGUUUGGGAGGAAGUACGAGGAUAAGGACAUUGGUGAGAUGGGGUUUAAGGCUGUGAUUCAAGAAUCAGUUCAUAUCACGGGUCUACCUAAUCUUGGGGAUUAUUUUCCUUAUCUGGGUAAGCUUGAUAUUCAGGGAUUGACAAGACGGAUGAAGGCUGUUGCUAAGCUCUUUGAUCAAUUCUUUGAGAGGAUCAUUGAUGAGCAUGAACAAAAUGCCAAAAAGGGAGGUAAUAACACUCAAACUACAAAGGAUUUUGUUGAUAUAAUGCUAGAAAUCAGAAGAUCUGGAGAAACUUUGUUUGAGUUCACUCGUGAACAUGUUAAGUCUAUGAUGGUGGAUUUGCUUGUAACUUCAAUGGACACAUCAUCAACAGUAAUAGAUUGGACAAUGUCUGAACUUUUCAGACACCCAGAAAUAUUGAAGAAGCUGAAGAAGGAGAUAGAGAGACAAGUAGGGUUAGAUAGGAUAGUGGAGGAGGAGGAUUUGGAGCACUUUGAAUACUUAGAACUGGUUAUAAAAGAGUCCUUACGGUUGCAUCCGGUUGUGCCGUUACUAAUUCCUCAUGCAUCCAUAGAAGAUUGCAUAGUUGAUGGCUUUCAUAUACCUAAGAAAUCAAGAAUCAUUGUGAAUGCUUGGGCAAUUGGGCGUGACCCAAAUGUGUGGACCGAUCCUGAGAAGUUCAUCCCAGAAAGAUUCAAAGGAAGUAAUGUUGAUUAUAGAGGCAAGCAUUUUGAGUAUCUCCCAUUUGGAUCAGGGAGGAGAAAUUGUCCUGGUAUGCAACUCGGAAUAACAACAGUUCGAUUGGUGGUGGCACAAUUAAUACAUUGCUUUGAUUGGGAUCUUCCAAAUGGAAUUUUACCAGAAGACUUGGACAUGACUGAGCACUUUGGUGUUGUUAUCAGUCGAGCUGAGAAUUUAAUGGGAGUUCCUAAAUAUCAAUUACGUGUUUAAAUUUGUUAACCCAAAGAAAGAAAGAAAGAAAAUAAAAAUUGUAUUUCUAUUUCUAUAAAUAAAUGCUUGUCGGUGGUUGCAUUCUUCAGAUCUACAACAAUUAGUUGAGGGGUGUAAAUUAUAAUAAAUGGGGCAUUGGGGCGUGGGCAGAUUCCGCUCCCCAUGUCCGUAUAGGCCAGGUAAUUGCUUAUUCCGUAUAAAUAUCUGUACCCUUCCGGUAAUUUAUGCAGUGUAUUGAUUUGUUUUAACGUGUUA